CCGCGUGUAAUUCCGAGCCCUGAUGCCCGCCCCGUUCCGAGGCCACCAUCCUGUUCCGCUUCACAGGGCCUUUCUUCAUCCCCGUUGUCCCGCUGUUUCUAACCCCAUUCUCUUCCAGGGUAUGGCUGACUAUCUUUGGAGUGCGUUCCCACUUUGCUCUGCCGUACGAGCAUCACUGAUGGGGCGGGUUCGUCUGGUACUUUAACUCGGCCGCCACCCGCCGAUAUGUUCUAUCAUGAUGGCCCUCCUCCCCUCCUCGACCAUCUGUUUUCUGAUAUCAAGGUGCUCCAAGUCAACGCAGUAUAGCCGGGAGUCUUCGUUAGCUCACAAUGACGUCUCCGUCGGUAUCAGAGAAGGAAAACGGCCAGACGAGCAUCGACACGUUGUCGGGAGACAGAACCGCGACGGCGAUCCCCGUCGUCAACUUGCCCAAGGACGAAAAGCCGAUAUUAUCCAGCAACGAUGACGCCUCCUCCAGCGACUACGGCGACAACGAUGGCGGCCAUCUCACGCCGCAGCAGUCCGAUACCCCGUCUGUAUGGCUUGCCGAGACCAUGUCUCUCCCCCGCGAAGUCAUGUUCAUCAUAAUUUGCUGCAUGGCCCAGUUCUGUACCCAGGCCGCAUACAUCGACAGCCUCAUGCUGCUCCAUGUGAUCGGCAGCAGCUUCCACGUAGAAGAUCCGGCGCGCCUCGCCUGGCUCGUGGCCGGCUACUCCCUGACCAUCGGCACCUUCAUCCUCUUCUCGGGCCGUCUCGGCGACGCCUUCGGCUACAAGCGCAUGCUCAUCAUCGGCUUCGCCUGGUUCUCCCUCUGGUCCCUCGUCGCCGGCCUCAGCGUCUACUCCAACUUCACCCUCGCCGUCGUCUCGCGCGUGCUGCAGGGCGUCGGCCCGGCCAUCUGCCUGCCCAACGCCCUCGCCCUCUUCGGCGCCGCCUACCCCCCGGGCCACCGCAAGGCCAUGGUCUUCUCCUUCUUCGGCGCCGUCGCCCCCAUGGGCGGCGUCGUCGGCGGCACCUUGGCCUGCGUGCUCUCGCUCGCGUGGUGGCCCUGGGCCCUGUGGGCGCUGUCCGUCUGGCUCGCCGUCCUCGCCGUCGCCGGCUGGUUCAUCAUCCCCGAGCCCCCGACCAAGCUGCCCGCCCCUGACGGGUUCAAGGCCGCGAUGGUCGAGCUCGACGUCCCCGGCGCCGUGACGGGAGUCGCGUCCCUGGUGCUCUUCAACUUUGCCUGGAACAUGGCGCCCGUCGCCGGCUGGGGCACGGCCGUGGUCCUCGUGCCGCUGGUGCUCGGCCUCGUCCUCUUCGGCGCCUUCGCCCUCAUCGAGUUCAGGUACGCGCCGAUGCCGCUCCUCCCCUUCGACGUCGUCAACGCCGACGUCGGCUUCGUCCUCGCGGCCGUGGUCUGCGGGUGGGCGACGUUCGGCGUGUGGACGCUCUACCUCGUCCAGAUCCUCCAGGAGAUCCGGUCCCUCCCGCCCCUGCUGACGUGCGCGUGGUUCUCGCCCGUCGUCGUGACGGGCGGCCUGGCCGCCGUCAUCACCGGGAAGCUCCUCGGCCCCCUGCAGGUGCGCCCGCCCGUCGUCAUGACCAUGGCGCUCGCCGCCUUCACCGUCGGCGUCACCCUCACGGCCACGGCGCCCGAGGGCCAGGUCUACUGGGCGCAGAUCUUCGUGUCCAUGCUCGUCAUGCCCUUCGGCAUGGACAUGAGCUUCCCCGCCGCCACGCUGAUCCUGUCCAACGCCGUCAAGAAGGAGCACCAGGGCAUCGGCGCGAGUCUGGUCAACACCGUCGUCAACUACGGCAUCGCGCUCGGCGUCGGCUUCGCCGGCACCGUCGAGGUGCACGUCAACAACGGCGGCCGGACCAAGGAGGACCAGUUCAGGGGGUUCCGGGGCGCGCUGUUCAUGGGCGUCGGGCUCGCCGGCCUGGGCCUGGGCGUCGCCUUGUCGUUCCUGGCGAGGGAAUGGCGGCAUCGGAGCGACGCAAGGAGGAACGAGGAGAAGGCUGCCGAGGCCCAAACCGAGACUUGAUGAUUAUGAUUAUAAUGAUUACAUAGAAUUAGACGCGGCCAUAUACUACCGCAUAAUCAGAGAUAUAGGUGACGCUCGUCAUAGACUAAAAAGUCCUCUGGCUUCUUCCAGAACAGAAUCCCGUGCGUUUUGAUCGUCCAGCAUCAAUGCUAUACGUUGCUGCAACAGUCAUCAACAUGGAAGUGAUCUGAUUUUUUUCUUUCUUUUUUUUUUCUUUCUUUUUUACAUUAUCCAGGUCCGACCCUUUUCCAUCCUCAUGAUCCUCAGUAAGAAAACCAGCAU